AUCCGCCUUUUGUGGCAAAAAAAAAAAAAACCCAGAUGACUCAAAGAAUCCCUCGCCUCACCUCCGCGGCUCCGCCCCUUCGCUUGCCCCCCUCUAGAUCCUCCACAGGCUCACGCUCCUUCCCCGUCUGCUGUUCGCUCGAAGGCGCGCGAAGGUAGGCAGCGGCGAUGAUGGUCGGAAGCUACGCAUGGUGGAGGCGGGCGCUCGUCACUGCAAGAUCCCCAGAUGUCAUCUUGUUGCAUGUCCAUCCUCGGUGGCUGAGCCACGCAUGACCUGUUGGUUGAAGACAUUGUCCACUUCAUACAUGUGCAUGUCGUCCUCCAUGGCCGCUACAAAGGAAUCAUUGACUACAAAUCCCAAGGGAACACCAAAGGUGGCAUCUUCAUCUGCUUGGCAGUCAUCACCAGUAGGUGGCACAUUGAGGUCUAGUAUGGCCUGCCCUCGCACAUUUGGUUGAUGAUCUGCAUCAUCAGCAUGCAAGGAAGCAAGGUCAGCAUAGUUGCAUAGUUGCCCUCCUGCAAGCUGGGUUUGUUGUGCUUCACCAAUUUGUAUGGAUUCUUCGUCAUUCAAGUCUGGUAAGGCACCAUGGAUUUGGAAGGUUCCUCUGUCUGGUGGCUCCUUGAGGUCUAGUAAUGCCCCUUCUUGAUCUGGUGGUUCUGCAUUCAGAUUAAAACCCAUAGCUGCCACUAUGUAAUGGAAGAUGGAAAUAUUGCAAAGUGAGGAGAAAAUAGAAGCAGUGAAGGCACGGUGAGGGAGGAGGAAACAAAAGCAAGAGGAAAUGGAAGCAACUAGUGUAGCGAUGGCUGUUUUAUAUAGGCUGUGAAAUUGGCGGCACUUUGAAAUUUGAAAUGUGUGGACAGGAUUGUUCCACCAAACUGUGGCACAUUUGUCUCCAUAUUUAAAUAUUGUUGUGUGGCUGCCAUUGCUCCACCUGUAUACGUGUGAAUCCCUGUACUUCUAAAGAACACUCCAGACAGGAUGACUGUGUUCGUGGUCUGACGUGGGGUCUGAAGGGUGCAGGAGGGGCAUAAUCGUAAUUUCACAUGUCUGCUAAUCUGGCCUUGAAAAGUGAGAUUCACAUGUUUUUAGGGACGGAGGGAGUAUGUCAUUGCAGGCCUGGGAGUAGUAUUUUUGUGCUGACUGACUGCCGUGAAGGUGAGCUGCUCUCAGCUGACUUUCUUCGACCCUCUGCCAGCACGUUCGUUCACCAGCAUCCCUUCCUCACCAAGAACUCGUCUCGGUCUCCUCUCCUGUAACGCGAUUCCACGCGCUUCCUCCCCUCCCCUCUGUAUCCCUUCUCCCUCCACGGUGCUCCUCCACCGUAGCCCCAGCUGCCGUCUCCCACUACCCCUAGGCAGCUCUCCCAGCAGCACCUGCAGCCGCCGCCUCUCCUCGCGCCGUCCGCCGCAGCCCUGACCUGACCGCCGGAGAUCCGGGGCUUCUCUUGGUUCUUUACGCGGAGGCGGAGACUGGUUUUUUUUUUCUGAUUUGGGGAUCGGCUGGUGGUGCGGGGAUGAAUACGAGGCCGUUGGUGCUCGUCUUCCUUCUGCUCGUGCUCGUCAUCACGUCGCAGUUCGAGUGGAAGCAGCAGAUCGGGGAGGCCGCGGACGCCAACCCGGCCGCCGCCCGCCGCCGGCAGCAGCUGCUCGCCAGGGAGGACGCUGUCAAGGAAAAGAUUAUAUUAUCUCAGGAGAAAAAUAUUCAACAGCUUAACCAGCUUAUCGAGAGCCUUCAGCGCCAGCUACUGCACUGUCGCGGUAGCAAUAACACUGUCCAUGCUGUUACUGCUGCUGCUGCUGCUGCUGCCGCCACAGAAGUAAGUGAAGUCGAGGGACAUGAGAUCAUCGAAGAUGAGAAUAGACGAUGAUCCAAUGCAUACAUGAUUCCACGAUGCUAGUACAGCUGCCGAAGAGCAAAACAGCCCUCUGAAUACUUGAAUUCACUGUAUUGUAUAUCUGACACUCGCCGACUAGUGGAUUUCCUCCCCCCUGGUAAGCCUGUAGAGAAUUGUAAUUUGUAAUGUGCUUUAGGUCGCGGCUACUAAUUCACCUGGAAAAGUUACCUUACCAUUCUUUCUUCCCUCAAUGGGUAAAUUAUAUGCAGUCUCUGAUUUUUGCAUUUGACCUGUGAAUGCAUUCAUCAGAUUAAAAGUUGGCUGAUGAACUGUUCAGUUCAGGCAUGUUGCCUCAUUGUGCUC